AUGGCGAAUUACCAGAACCAAUAUGGUGCAACGCCCCAAUCUACAAAUGAGUAUGGGAACCCACUCACCACCUACACCAGAUCAGAGCCCCAAUCUACAAAUGAGUAUGGGAACCCGCUUACCACCUACACCGGAUCAGAGCCCCAAUCUACAGAUGAGUAUGGGAACCCACUCACCACCUACACCAGAUCAGAGCCCCACUAUACAGAUGAGUAUGGGAACCCAGUCCGCGAAAAGGGGAUGAUGGACAGGAUCAAGGAGAAGCUCCCAGGUACUCAUGACCCCUACUCAUCUCAUUCUCAGAAAACCUACCCCACUGCACGUUACGGUGAAACCGGCUACACUGGAUCGGAGCAGCACCAUGGGAGGAUGGAGAAGAUUACUGACCCCUACUCACCUCAUUCUCAGACAACCUACCCCACUGCACGUUACGGUGAAACCGGCUACACUGAAUCGGAGCAGCACCAUGGGAGGAUGGACAAGAUUACUGACCCCUACUCAUCUCAUUCUCAUACAACCGGCACCACUGCACGUUACGGUGAAACCGGCUACACCGGAACAGAGUACCGCCAGCGGAAGGGCACGAUGGACAAGAUCAAGGAUAAGCUGACUGGGACUGGGGGACAUAGGGCGGAUGAUCCCUACUCAUCUCAUUCUCAUACUCAUACAACCGCCACCACCACACCUUACGGUGGCACCACCACCACAUCUUCACCUUACGGUGACACCACCACCAUACCUUACGGUGGCACCACCACCACACCUUCAUCUUACGGUGGCACCGCCACCACCACCUACCCCCGUGAAAAGAAGGGCAUGAUGGACAAGAUCAUAGACAAACUUGAUGGACGACAUUAUUAA